UUUCUCUGGGUCUUCCUUUCUAUAUAAACCUCUGCGUAUUCCCUUUUCGCAAGCGGUGGAGCUCCAAUCUGCGUCGCCGCAGUUCGCCUAGCAGCCGCCAUGGUGAAGUGCUUGAGGGAAUCCGAGAAUCCCACCAACUCCUCGAAAGCCAUGGGCCGUGGUCUCAGGGCUCACUUCAAGAACACCCGGGGUAGAGCUGUUGUAAUAGGGAAGCUGCCUCUUUUGAAAGCUAAAAGGUAUUUUGAUGAUGUGAUAGCUUACGAACAAGCAGUUUCCUCCACUAGGUAUUGCAGAGGCGUGGGUUGUACUGCUCUGGCUAAAAAUCAUCAUCCAAAUGGACUGCGGUGCUGGCCUGUAAAAUCUACCAGGUGACAGGUUUGGAUGUGGACACCCUAUACAUAUGUAACAUAUCCCACAUCCACGUGAAUCAGCCCAGAAGCAGAGGGGCCGAACAUGUAGGGCUCAUGGCAGAAUUAAUUCUUAUAUGUCAUCCCCCUGCCAUAUUGAAUUACCCUUGUCUGAGAAGGAAGAGCCUGUCAAGAAAGAUGUGACUUUUGACUCAUUUGCGAUUGCUUGCGAAUUUGUUGGAACUUUAGUACCAUCCUUUGGUGGGCUCAAUUGCCAGUUUUGUUGUAUCAUGCAUCUCAAAUGUAGUACAUAUCACUUGCUUCCUAAACAAUAAAUCUGUAAUGAAUUGAUUGUUCUGUUGUGUCUAAACCAAUGCAAAAUGCUGUAGCAUAUUUGUGUAACAUUGUUCGGUGAGUAUUCAGGCUCAUAGUUUUCAUUCAUAAAGUCUAAAGUUUAAUCAA